AUUUAGCACCGGACGCACUUCCGGCUUGUGACGUGUAACGGGAAGGGCCGCUUCCGUGGCCGGGAGCGAAACCGAUAACAGAGACAUCCUAGAGAAGAGGGCGGGGGAGGAGAGCCGAGCCCAGGAGAAGGAACCAUGAGGCUGUACAGUCUGAGUAUACUGUAUAAGGGAGACUACAAGGUCCAUCUGCUGAAAAGUGCCUACGAUGUGUCCUCCUUCAGCUUCUUCCAGAGGUCCAGUUUACAAGAGUUUAUGACAUUCACCAGCCAGCUGAUUGUGGAGCGGUCAGACAAGGGGAGCCGCUCAUCAGUGAAGGAGCAAGAGUACCUCUGUCACGUGUACGUGCGGAAUGACUCCCUGGCGGGGGUGGUGAUCGCUGAUGCGGAGUACCCUCAGAGGGUCUGCUUUACUCUCCUGGAUAAGGUUCUGGAGGAGUUCUCCACCCAGGUGGAGCGAAUAGACUGGCCAUCUGGCUCUCCGGCCACUAUUCAGUACAAUGCAUUGGACUCCUACCUUGCCAAGUACCAAAACCCUCGAGAUGCUGAUCCAAUGAGUAAAGUACAAGCUGAGCUGGACGAAACCAAAAUCAUCCUGCACAACACCAUGGAGUCUUUACUUCAGCGCGGGGAGAAACUGGAUGACCUAGUCAGUAAAUCAGAAGUUUUAGGAACCCAGUCCAAGGCCUUCUAUAAAACAGCGCGGAAGCAGAAUUCAUGCUGUGGAAUCAUGUGAUGGGCGCAGAGUGACGGAGACUGGAUGAAAGACAAUGAACAAACACUAUUAUAUCAGGGCUGACACACCAAAAUCAGCCCUUCCCAUCCCCAGCAGGGGGCAGUGUAGGUGCUUACUGCCCUCAGGUCAAUUCUUCCUUUCCUCUGUUAUUGGGGGGGAAUUGUUUUCACAUUAUCUAUUGAUGCGUGUUCACUUUUUACCGUAAGACCUACGUUUCUAAGUCUCUGGCUCCCCAGUAUCAAGUGACACCCUCCCCAGGGGAUUGUGCUGACCGUUUUCUGUUGCAAUGCAAACAUUCCUGUGAUAUUUAAAGUGAUACCAAGAAUCGCCACGCUGCAGAGUGAUGUGGAGUGACCUGGUAAUUUGUAACGUAAUGCUAUACUAACUGAAGCCUAAUGUUAUCUCCCUGGGAGGAGAUGGGUUAAUUGUCCGUCUGCUUCUCCCACUAACGCUCAUGCACUCGUUUAGUGUUAGGUUAACACCCUUCCUCCAUUAACCCGGAUUUGUCUUACCUGUGGUUGACUUUGUAGUCUUUGCGUUGUAUUUAGUUUUUUUUUUUUUUUUUGGUUCCUGGAGCACCCAUUCUGAGGUGAAACGUGCAGGGUAGUUCUGCACCCGCAUAGCGAAGCGACAGCCUGCACUCCGCAAAUGACUGCUUAAUGCCGAAGAUCUCAUUGCUCUUUUACCACCUUGUCUUAUCCAAAAUAAAGAAAUCUUCAUCAGCCGAUGGAUCUAGUUCCACUGAGGAGUCCUCGUCAGGUGGACGGUUAAAUUCUCAUGCUGUAUAGAUAAGUUAUUAACAUGUGUCAGUGUUUUAUCUUUGGUUGUUUAUUCUGAUCUCCAGCUUUUUGAUUAUUAGUAUAUAUAUUUUUUUUCCUUCAAAUUUAUUUCUGAUGAACUUGUAUUUUAAUAAAGAUUGGCCAAAUCUU